GAAGUUAAACAAAAAGUCCCAUUUCCAAAUUAAAAUUGUUUACUUUUAAAGUUUGAAUUGGUUAAAAUAAAAACAAUAAUAUGACGGAAGUCAUACCAAAUACUUUUAAGCACGAGACGAUAAUAAGUGUAGAUAAAUGUUUAUUAAAUCCAUUAAAAGAUCCCGAAACAAAGUGUGGAGAAGUUAUUUUAUUAGCCAACACAAACUUCUGGUUUGCUUGUGGUUUUUGCCAGGAACGUUUUAUUAAUGUGUUCACGUUUAUAAAUCACAUAAAAGACGAGCAUAUUCCGGAAGUUAAAAUUGAGCCUCUGCAAGAUGCUCCCACAUUAACUAAUGCACCCUUAAACUACAACGACAACGAUAAUGAAAAUGAUAAUGAUGAUGAUGAUGACGAUGAAAAAAGUUUUAUAGACUUAGAAGCAGGAGUUGCAUCGCCGAGUUCUGAGGACAAUGAAAAACCAGAAGAUGACAAAGAAGAUAUUAAGACUAUUAUUGAUAAAGAAACAAAUUUAGAAACAAUUCCAGAAUUAAAACCGGAAGAUGAACAAAGCUGUAAACAAAUUGAGGAAGUGUUAACCGAAGAAAUUAAGGUUCCACGAAGACGAGGAAGAAAGAAAGCAUUAUAUGAACCAUUAAUUUCGAUUUCGCGAAAGAGGACAACAGCAUCUGAGAAUGUAGAUAAGAAAAAAGAUGAGAACACUCAGAACGACUCGGACCCAGAGACCAAGAUAGAGAAAAAGGAGGAUAGUCCAGAGCCCACGGAUAAGAAGUCCAAAAAAAAGUAUUACCGCAAAAAGAAUGUCUUCCCUUGUCCAAUUUGUAAGGAAAACAUCACCGAUGGCAGAUCUCUUAAGAAGCACAUUCGAUCACACAAUGAAGGUGGCAACGAGAACCGUUUUCAAUGCGAGGAAUGCGGCAAAUGCUACAAGAAUUCAUUCAAUUUAAAAACUCACUCCAUCAUCCACUCGGGAACGCGUCCAUUUAAGUGUGAGUUUUGCGACGUUGGAUUCUCACAUCCUAACUCCCUAAAAACCCAUCGCUUUUUACACACUGGCGACAGGCCUUACAAAUGCGACCAGUGCGACAAAUCGUUUGUUUCCAAUAGCAGUCGCAAAGUUCAUAUGAGACAGCAUACCGGCGAGACGCCCUAUGUGUGUCAAUACUGCGGAAAAGGUUAUACCAUCAAAAGUAACUUCGACAUUCACGUGCGGAGGCAUACAGGCCAACGAAAUUUCCAAUGCAACCAAUGCAAUAAGGGAUUCUUUAAUAAAGAGACCCUCGUUAAUCAUAUAGCCUGCCACACCGGAGAAAAGAACUUUGUUUGUGAUGUCUGUUCGAAUAGGUUUUCUCGAAGAAAAGAUCUGGUCGAACAUAGGAAAUUGCAUUUGGAUCACAAAUAUUAUUCGUGUAAGGUGUGUGGCAAAGAAUUUUCGCAAUACUCUGGUUUGUACUCGCAUAUGCGACAGCACAAGAAUAAAGAUAAGGAACAGUAGUUAAGGAUAAGAAAUACACAUAAUUUUAACUUAGAUUAA